GACACGGUAACUUGUGAAGAGAGUAGAAGCCGCAAAAACUGUAGAUUCUGGAAACGCACCACAGAGCUCGGAGCUAAGCUUCUUUGUGUUUUGGUUAUCCAAAAUCGAAAGAAAGAACCAAUAUUUAUAACUAACAAUGACAGAUGCUGAAGACGCCGUACGACGUCGUAACGCGGUGGCGGAUUAUCGAAAGAAGCUCCUCCAGCACAAGGAAUUGGAGUCCAGAGUUCGAUCAGUGAGAGAGAAUUUGCGAGCUUCGAAGAAAGAGUUCAAUAAAACGGAGGAUGACUUGAAGUCUCUUCAAAGCGUUGGCCAGAUCAUUGGGGAAGUUCUCAGGCCUCUUGACAAUGAACGCUUGAUUGUUAAAGCAAGCAGCGGACCAAGGUAUGUGGUAGGAUGCCGGAGUAAAGUUGAUAAGGAAAAAUUGACUUCCGGUACACGAGUGGUUCUUGAUAUGACAACACUCACCAUAAUGCGAGCUCUUCCACGUGAAGUUGAUCCGGUUGUUUACAAUAUGCUGCACGAGGAUCCCGGUAAUGUGAGUUAUUCCGCUGUUGGUGGUCUCUCUGAUCAGAUAAGGGAAUUGAGGGAAUCAAUUGAAUUGCCUCUGAUGAAUCCAGAACUUUUUCUUCGUGUUGGAAUUAAACCUCCUAAGGGUGUUCUCCUUUAUGGGCCUCCUGGUACGGGUAAAACACUGUUAGCUAGGGCAAUUGCCAGUAAUAUCGAUGCUAAUUUCUUGAAGGUUGUUUCAAGUGCCAUAAUUGAUAAGUACAUUGGAGAAAGUGCAAGGUUGAUACGAGAAAUGUUUGGGUAUGCACGUGAUCACCAGCCCUGCAUCAUUUUUAUGGAUGAGAUCGAUGCCAUUGGUGGUCGCCGUUUUAGUGAGGGAACAAGUGCUGAUCGUGAGAUUCAGAGAACACUGAUGGAGUUGCUUAAUCAACUAGAUGGAUUUGAUCAACUUGGAAAGGUUAAAAUGAUAAUGGCAACGAACAGACCCGAUGUACUGGACCCUGCUCUUCUACGUCCUGGAAGGUUGGAUAGGAAAAUAGAAAUUCCAUUGCCAAAUGAACUAUCGAGGAUGGAAAUUCUCAAGAUUCAUGCUGCUGGGAUUGCUAAGCAUGGUGAAAUAGACUAUGAAGCUGUUGUGAAGCUUGCAGAGGGCUUUAAUGGGGCCGAUCUUCGAAAUGUCUGCACGGAAGCUGGAAUGUCCGCAAUCCGUGCAGAGCGCGACUAUGUGAUCCAUGAAGAUUUUAUGAAGGCUGUUCGAAAACUGAAACUUAAAAAUUCUUAGAGCCAUGGAUAUCCGGGUAGUGCAUGAUUAGAACAAGAAAUAUGCAUCAUGCAAUCUGUUUUGCAUUGACUCUCUCACAGUUUGUAUUUUAUAAAUUAGUUUUUGAUAUUUAUUCCAACCAAUGUCAAUUUUUUUUGUUAA